AUGCCAACCUUGCCAACAUCAACAUCAACAUUCCCUCCUCCUCCUCCCCUAGUUUUCUUUCCUCUUCCUCGAAAAGAAAAUAGAAGAAAAGAAACCAGGCGUCAAUUCCCUCCCAGCUCUUCAAUGCCGAGUCCAUACACCAUCACUAAUUCCUUACCCAAUACCACCACAAACUGGUCCCAGAAAGUUGGAAACUACAUCACAAGAAAGGGCAACUCUUCGUCAUCCUCGAAGAACUUAGACUUAACUGAAGAGAGCCUUGAAGAGUUCAACAGAAGAAAUGAAAUGUUGUUUGACAAAAAGAUCUCUUCUAAUAACAACAACAAGACCACAGGUUAUAGUCCUUACUCUAGAGGGCUCACUGACUCGUCCCUCGCUCUCCAUCGACAGAGACUGUCAUCAGCGACGAGUCCAGAGAGAGAGAGCAAUGCGAGUACUUCAAUUAGUUCGGGUUCUAAGUCAAGCUUCAUUGUCAAGAUUCAAGAAUGGGGGUCUAAUUUCGUUUCUGGUAGUAAAGAAGCGAAAAGAGCGAGGCCUGCUGGGACUAGAUGGUCCCAGCACACUCGCACUUUAUCAUCUUCAUCAACAUCGUCAUCAUUGAGUACAAAAACAGCAUUAACAACUUUAGCAAAGGAAUUAGGCUUAGAAGCGCAAAUCGUGACCGUUGGUUUGAAAGGAAAGAAGCCAUUGAGGGAGAGAGAUUCAGAAAAUCCACCACUACCAGUAUCACCACUAUUGCUACCACCAGUACCAUUACCACCACCACAACCACCACCACUAGCAUCACCGCCAUCACCACCACUCCAAACACCACAACCACCACCGCUAUCACCACCACCACCUCAGGCACAAGCAUCAUUCUCUGAAAGCACUUAUGUUUGGGCAGACAGGUAUCGACCAGAGGCUUUAAAAGAUUUUAUUUGCAAUAGGGAUAAAGCACUUGAGCUUAAGGCUCUGGCAAAAAAAGAAGAUUGUGGGCAUUUCAUAUUUGAAGGCCCCCCAGGGGUGGGAAAGAAAACCAUGAUUUGGGCACUGCUUCGCGAAUCUUACGGAGAAGACAAAGUACAGACAAAAGAGGAAUUGAAGAAAUUCGUCUUGAAGGGUGAAGUUGUUUCAAGUAUCAAAGUUUCCGUAAAAAUAUCCCCACAACAUGUCGAAGUCAAUCUCUCUGAAGUAAAAGGGUACGAGAAACAUGUCAUCGUUGAACUUAUGCAAGAAACAAUCAACAGAUUAGCCAAGAAAGCUUUGCAAUGCAACAAAGAUAAUUGUCGAGUGAUCAUUCUAUAUGAAGCAGACAAACUAUCAGCAGAUGCAUUACUGUAUAUAAAGUGGCAAUUAGGGAGACAUAAAGGGUGCAGUAAGGUCUUCUUUUGUUGCUCCGAUGCCUCAAAGCUUCAGCCAAUAAUGUCUCUUUGCACCGUUGUUAAACUACUUCCACCUUCGAAUGAGGAAAUUGUUAAAGUUUUGGAAUUCAUAGCGAAACAAGAAGGGAUUGAAUUGCCUCACCAAUUAGCGGAUAAGAUUGCUAUCAACGCUAAGAACAAUCUACGACAGGCCAUACGCUCAUUGGAGGCCACUUGGCAAGCAAAUUCUGCCCUAACUGAAGAUCAAGAAAUUAUGAUUGGUUGGGAAGGCGAUAUCGCAAACAUCGCCAAAAACAUAGUAGAAGAGCAGAGCCCAAAACAGCUAUAUGUCAUACGUGGAAAGCUUCAAAAUCUUAUAGAGCAUAAUGUGUGCCCCUCGUUUAUCAUUGAUGCUUUGGUGAGAGAACUGAAGAAGUGCUCGGCUGACGAAUUCCAGGAACAAAUCGACAGUUUAUACGACGAAUACAAGAAAACUGCACGAAAACGAGAUGAGGACUCGCUUAAAAGACAUAAGGAUCCAGUGAAGAAGAAUCUCCACCAUUUCAUGAGAAUUGAAGAGUUUACGGCGAAAUUCAUGAGCUGCUACAAGAUGUGGAUCAUGAACAAGAAAAGCACAUGACUUUGAACAAUUAUAGGGACAUUUUUGAAGCCAAAUGUGAUGUCUUGAACAAUUUACUUAUAAAAAAGGAAAAUAAAUGGCUAAUUGUCUUUAGCCAUAGUUUAAUACAUGCUUGUGUAAGAAUGGUUUCAUAAUAUAUGUAAUCUUCAU